GUAGAAGGCAGAAGAGAAACCACCUGCGUCAUCUCAACUUGUUACUGACUAACAGUCACUGUUUGAGGAAGAGGACAGACUGGCACAUCAAUGAUCAGCUCCUCUUUGGUACUAAGUGGAUAUUCUGAGAGGGAACCAUGAGUCGGGGAUCUAAGUCUAAAGGAGUUCAGGGGUACAGUCCCAGCUCUCUGCUGAGCCCACAGGAGAAUGAGAGGCUGGAGGACCUCCUGGGGAGGAGGUGUGCUGUAAGUCCUUCCUGGGAAUCAAGGAGGGAGGGGAUGAUUGGUAUAUCUGGUUGAUGUUUGGUAUGUAGGAAGUUAUCUGGUUGGAUGAUUGGUACUAGGAAACUGGUUGGUUGGUGUUUGGAUGGUUGGUAUGUAGGAAACAAUAUGACUGAUGUUUGAUUGUUUGGUAUGUAGGAGAGUCUUUGGUUGGUGUUUGGGUGUCUGGUAUAGGAAACUAUAUGGUUAGCGUGUUACUGCAGGUUGGUGUGGGGUUAUGAGGGCACUUUAAAGGCACGGAAACACCGGUAGCGUUCGCCAGCCGAGAGUGCUUAGCUGAGAGAAUAUGUAGCACCUAUAACUACAGGUUGUUCUGGUAUAUCUGUGAAUUCUAACCUUUAAUCAAUUUCCCUGUUUGUCAAUUUCCCAUGGGGCCAUGGCCCAAAAAGUUUUUUACAACUUCUGUGUUUACAGCAAGAUAUGAUUGGGCAAUCUUUUGGUCGCCAGUAGUUCAGCCUCAUCAUUAUUGUUUCACUUUUUCUUGUUCAGGGACUGAAUGAACCACUCGUUCUGUGGCCUGCUAUGUUUAAUAUAGUGCAUUGGCAAUGGCAUUUAAUGUAAUAUGGAUAUUUGGUAACUUUAAAAGUAAUCAAUGUUAGAAAUUCAAACAAUUAACUGACAUUUUGCAUGUACACCAAGAGUAUCUACGCAAUGACUUUAAAACAGACAUGAGUUUGUGACAGGAAAUGCUGGUGUAAACCACUUCCUCUGGGAACAGAAUUAGAGGCAGCAGUUAAACUCAGUCACAUAUGAGUAUGUGCAGUCUGCUUUUUUUUGACAUACCAACUUCCUGGUUUCUGAGGUAGUCCUAAGCCUGCAGUGGUAUCUGAUAAUUCUAACAAAACACAAGAUCUAAAAAGUCCUACUACAGAAAAUGUGAUGACAUUAAUGGGGCAGGUCUUUGCUAUGACAACUACCCAAUAAUUUUCCGAACCACAACAGAGUACCAAGCAGCAGCUUGUAAGCACUUAUCACAGGUAACUUGGCUCUGUACAGUCGACUCCUGAUAAAUGCAAUGACUUGCGAUUGUCCUAAACGUUUGCUCUUAACCUGAGCACAGCCUAUCUAGAGUAAGGAAAAUAAUGUACAGUCAGUAUUUGAGUUUGCACUUUUCCGAUGUGCACUUAUCAGAAGCCAACAUAUAAACUAAUUCCAUACCCUGUGUGUGUGUGUGUGUGUGUGUGUGUGUAUGUGUGUGUGUGUGUGUGUGUGUGUGUGUGUGUAUGUGUGUGUGUAUGUGUGUGUAUGUGUAUGUGUGUGUGUGUGUGUGUGUGUGUGUGUGUGUGUGUGUGUGUGUGUGUGUGUGUGUAGUCCCUGGCCACGGCUGUAGUGCAGCUGUUUAUGGCCCUGCCACAUAGUCCCACCUGCUGGAGCCUGCAGCACACUGGGGUGGCCUGCUUCGUCAAGGACAACGUUCGCCGCUCCUACUUCAUUCGCCUCUUCGAUGUCAAGGUAACAGGAAUAUGUAACGUCAGCUAUAAUGAUGGAGAAUAUCAAUCAAUCAUAUUUAUUUAUAAAGCCAUUUUUACCUUAGCAGUUGUCACAAAGUGUGUAUAGUAACCCAGUCUAGAUAAGGAUCCUUUGUUGAUCCACUGUUGAGUUUACCAUGAGCUGAGAGCCUGAAGGUUCAGUUGAAAUAUCGGCCACUGUCAGUUUAUGCUACAGUUAUGCUAACAGUUGUUUUCUCCCAGAAAGGACAGCUGACCUGGGAUCAGGAGCUCUAUAACCAAAUGGUCUACCACUGCCCCCGACCCUUCUUCCACGCAUUUGCUGCAGAUGUAAGCAAACAUGUAUAUGCACUGGAUACUCAUGAUGAUGGCUUGACUGUAAAUCCAAAGUUGAGUGAUUGUCCAUUUUUAUUUAUCAUUCUCCAAAUGUAUGCCAAGAUAUGUCAUAGUUCACUCCAAUACAAUGCAGGACUGCCAAGUGGGGCUGAACUUUGUGAAUGAACAAGAGGCUGAAACGUUCCUAAAUGCAGUGGAAGACAAGAUAAACCAGAGAAACCGUCAAGGUCAGGUCAUUGUUGUAGGAUCCAGGACAGAAACAUUGUGUUGAGUUAUUUGGUAGUCAAUUAAAUUCUGUUUGUUGUGAGCUGUGGUUGUUGUUUGUCAUAUUUGAACUAAUAUAUCUCUGAUACUGGAAAACAUAACAGAUAUUAUAAGAUGCGGUUCCAUAGAGGGUAGCUGUGGCUUUUCAAAGGAAAAGGUUGUGGUGGAGAUGAGAAGACAUUACCUAAACUGGCAUCCUCUGGUUUCCUGUUCCCUCCUUUUUUCCUUCUCAUAGUCUCAGAGAAGAAACAGCGCCCCCUGCUUUCCAAUGGUAAGACUGAGAUACGAAUACUAUGGACAUUUUGAUGCACUUUUUUUAUUUUUUUAUUUUUUAUUUCACCUUUAUUUAACCAGGUAAGCCAGUUGAGAACAGGUUCUCAUUUACAACUGCGACCUGGCCAAGAUAAAGCGAAGCAGUGCAAUAAAAACAACACAGAGUUACAUAUGGGGUAAAAAACAUAAAGUCAAGUAAUCACAAAAUAAACCUUUUCCUUUUCUUAUUCUGUGUGUUUUACUUACAGACAGAGGGGGGCUGCCUACACCCCCUGGUAAAGGUGAGUAUCCCUUAUCCCUUUGGACGUGUUAUACCUCAGGCACCAUAACUAACUGACCCAAUAUGUAAACAUGCAAUGUGUUUCAUACAUGUACACGUCAAUUGUAAUCCAGGACCUGGGAGUCCCACUUCUCCCUCCAUGGCAACCAUAGACAUCCAGAACCCAGACAUCCAGGCCUCACGCUACCGCUCCGUCACACCUGUGCCCGCCCCUGCCUUUGUCAGUAAGGGAAAGAAGGACAAAAAAAAGGACAAGAAGAAGGGCAGCAAACUCUCCAAAGCAGACAUUGGAGCGCCCAGUGGGUUCACGUGAGUGGAUACUAAGCACAAACAUAUAAGCAGGCAGUUAAAUAAAGCCUUCAUAAGCUAUCAAGAUACAUGUAAUUACAUGACACUGUCCUCAAUUUGUUUAAUUUACAAACCAAGAUAGAAUCCAAGCUUGCCACUCAUACCUUUCUAAGGUACUCACUCAGGUGUAUGUUCCACUCCCUCUCCCCUCCCCUCCUCAGACACGUCAGUCAUGUGGGCUGGGAUCCCAACAACCUGGACCCUGACCUGAAGAAGCUGUUGUCCUGUGCUGGGAUCAGUGAGGCUGAGCUGAAGGACGAGGAGACCUCCCAACUCAUUCAACAAGUCAUCGAGAACUCAGGCGGCAUGGAGGCAGUCAAAAAGGCCAUGAACACUGGUGAGUGUCAUUCUGAGUGUCCGCCUACUGGUGUAGAGUUACCAACUUCAUCACUUUUUAUAACUAACUGUAAAUCAAUCCGUUUUUGUAAUCCAAUAAAUUGGCAUUUUUUCAACCCAUGGCAUAUAGAUCCUGGGCCUCCUCACCCUCCGCCUGGUAGGCUGGGUCCUCUACCCCCCGUACUAGGCAGCUGUUCCUCCUCUCCUGCCCCCCCUCCUCCACGGGGGGGUCGCUCUGGCCCCCUGCCCCCUCCCCCAGGACAGCCAGUACGAGGCCCGCCCCCCUCCCAUCUCCCUCUAUCACGUGGAGCCCUGCCACCUCCACCCCCUCCAAGCGGCCGAGGCGGACUCCCACCCCCUCCACCCUCUGUGUCCUAUACUUCUCCUCCCCCUCCCCCUUCCCCUGGCUACCAGCACUCCAUGCCUGCCCCUCCUCCGUCUGCUUCAUCCGCCCACAGCCGAGGAGGCCCAGCGCCUCCUCCACCUCCUCCCCCGCCUCCUGCUCCUGCAUCUACAGGAGGAGGGGGCGGAUGUGAAGGAGGUGAAAGAGGAGCUCUGCUGGACCAGAUCCGCCUGGGGAGGAAGCUCAAAAACGUAAACUAAACUUUGUUGCUCAAAUACAGAAAUUGUCUUUGUCAAUGAGAGUGAAGUCUAUAUAUUUCAGUUUACAUGAUCAUUGACCUUUGACCUUUGUGUGUCCCAGGUCCCAGACAGUCCUGAGCCACCUCCGCCUGCCGAGACAGACUCAGAGGGCAUCGUAGGAGCUCUGAUGAUGGUCAUGCAGAAGAGGAGUAAAGUAAUCCACUCCUCUGGUAAACACCUUCUCAUCCUAAUCUCUCAUUCAUUCAUUUAUUAUAUUCCAUCUACAAAUGUGUAAAUUAAAUCAAAUGCAUUGUGAUUCGUCCUCAUGAAUCUAGAAUUACAAAUCUGCAUAACAGACAUAACUCUCUUCUGUUUCAGAUGAAGGUGAAGAAGAAGGAGGGUAUGAUGAUGAAGAUGAUGAUGAAUGGGAAGACUGAUGAGUGCAUUCCUUACUGUAUUAUUUUCCACUCUGUAACCAUGGACUCCACAGUCUGGUUUAUCUGGUUCAUCUCUUUUGUGUUGGUGUUUUAGUAUCAGUUGCUGACUGGAAGGUGACUCAUGUAGAUGUACACCUGAAGAAUGCUACAGAUAAGGAUGAUGUGAAAGUCCCAAAUGUGAGAGAAAUCAACAGAACGUAGGACAGAGAAAGGUUUGAUGGGAUCACAUAUCUUUAUAUUUAUCGUUUGAACAUUUCCAGUGUAGGACUUAUGCUGAAUAUGUACAACACAUUACAGUAUAUUGCUCAAUAUUAUUAGAAAAGAUGGUGAGGUCUUCUUCACAAAGUCUUCUUUAUACCCGUUCCCAUUAAAAGUGACAAUUUGAUAUCGCUGGAAUGUAGUAUUAUAAUAUAAUACAAAGAUUAUGCACACACAUGAUGUAGAUAUUAUCUGUUUUGUGGAAAGAUCCCUCAUUUCCCUCUCAAUCCAACACCAUCAACGCUCAAAAUAAUUUAAAGAAUACUGUAUAGCUAUAAGUCCUCAAACAAACAUAGGUCACAAAGGUGUUAGAGAGAACAAGAGAGUCACCACAAUUACAAUAUCACAUAUGGUAUUAGUAGACAAAUACAUACAGACAUGCACAGUGGAUUGCGAAAGGAUUCACCCCCCUUGGCAUUUUUCCUAUUUUGUUGCCUUACAACCUGGAAUUAAAAUUGAUUUUUGGGGGGUUGUAUCAUUUGAUUUACACAACAUGCCUACCACUUUGAAGAUGCAAAAUAUUUUUUUGUGUGAAACAAACAAGAAAUAAGACAAAAAAACAGAAAACUUGAGCGUGCAUAACUAUUCACCCCCCCCAAAGUCAAUACUUUGUAGAGCCACCUUUUGCAGCAAUUACAGCUGAAAGUCUCUUGGGAUAUGUCUCUAUAAGCUUGGCACAUCUAGCCACUGGGAUUUUUGCCCAUUCUUCAAAGCAAAACUGCUCCAGCUCCUUCAAGUUGGAUGGGUUCCGCUGGUGUACAGCAAUCUUUAAGUCAUACCACAGAUUCUCAAUUGGAUUGAGGUCUGGGCUUUGACUAGGCCAUUCCAAGACAUUUAAAUGUUUCCCCUUAAACCACUCGAGUGUUGCUUUAGCAGUAUGCUUAGGGUCAUUGUCCUGCUGGAAGGUGAACCUCUGUCCCAGUCUCAAAUCUCUGGAAGACUGAAACAGGUUUCCCUCAAGAACUUCCCUGUAUUUAGCGCCAUCCAUCAUUCCUUCAAUUCUGACCAGUUUCCCAGUCCCUGCCGAUGAAAAACAUCCCCACAGCAUGAUGCUGCCACCACCAUGCUUCACUGUGGGGAUGGUAUUCUCGGGGUGAUGAGAGGUGUUGGGUUUGCGCCAGACAUAGCGUUUACCUUGAUGGCCAAAAAGCUCAAUUUUAGUCUCAUCUGACUAGAGUACCUUCUUCCAUAUGUUUGGGGAGUCUCCCACAUGCCUUUUGGCGAACACCAAACGCGUUUGCUUAUUUUUUUCUUUAAGCAAUGGCUUUUUUCUGUACACUCUUCCGCAAAGCCCAGCUCUGUGGAGUGUACGGCUUAAAGUGGUCCUAUGGACAGAUACUCCAAUCUCCGCUGUGGAUCUUUGCAGCUCCUUCAGGGCUAUCUUUGGUGUCUUUGUUGCCUCUCUGAUUAAUGCCCUCCUAACCUGGUCCGUGAGUUUUGGUGGGUGGCCCUCUCUUGGCAGGUUUGUUGUGGUGCCAUAUUCUUUCAAUUUUUUUAUAAUGGAUUUAAUGGUGUUCCGUGGGAUGUUCAAAGUUUCUGAUAUUUUUUUAUAACCCAACCCUGAUCUGUACUUCUCCACAACUUUGUCCCUGACCUGUUUGGAGAGCUCCUUGGUCUUCAUGGUGCCGCUUGCUUGGUGGUGCCCCUUGCUUAGUGGUGUUGCAGACUCUGGGGCCUUUCAGAACAGGUGUAUAUAUACUGAGAUCAUGUGACAGAUCAUGUGACACUUAGAUUGCAUACAGGUGGACUUUAUUUAACUAAUUAUGUGACUUCUGAAGGUAAUUGGUUGCACCAGAUCUUAUUUAGGGGCUUCAAAGCAAAGGGGGUGAAUACAUAUGCAUGCACCACUUUUCCGUUAUUUAUUUUUUUUGAAUUUUUUGAAACAAGUUAUUUUUUUCAUUUCACUUCACCAAUUUGGACUAUUUUGUGUAUGUCCAUUACAUGAAAUCCAAAUAAAAAUCCAUUUAAAUUACAGGUUGUAAAGCAACAUUAUAGGAAAAAAACCAAGGGGGAUGAAUACUUUUGCAAGGCACUGUACAUCACACCAUAACAUUAUCUCUCAACAUUGAACAGCAAAAUUUACACAUUUCCAACCGAAUAAAGCGUGCAAAGGCAAAUGUUUAUAUAUACAUAUUUUUUUAUAUCAUAAUCAUUAUACAUUAAUAAACCAAGGAUCUAUUAUGAUCCUAUGAUAUAUACACGUAUCAAUAUAUUACAUUUCUAUACUGAGAUACUGGGUUGUGUGAGGGUCGGUAUCACAUGUCAUUCAAUGUACAAAGGGAGAUGAAACUCAUGGAUCUCUAGUCUACCAUAGGAGUGUCCUGGCUGGCUAGUGCUGGAAGUCCAGUCCUCGAUCCUCCUUGGGUCUCCUGGCUCUCUGUGUGUCUCCUGGAGGUGCGUUUGGGCUGUUGCUCCUCCUGCUCUUGCUCCUGGCUCUCUGUGUGUCUCCUGGAGGUGCGUUUGGGCUGUUGCUCCUCCUGCUCUUGCUCCUGGCUCUCUGUGUGUCUCCUGGAGGUGCGUUUGGGCUGCUGCUGCUUGAGCCCCAGCUGCUCCCAGUAAGACUGACAGUACUGGUGGAUCAGCCUGAUCUCCGGCUGGGACAGGGUGUCUGUGAGAGGGGGGGUUGGAGGGACCCUCUGCUGCUGGGGGUCACGUUGUCCCCCCCAUCCAGUGGGAGGGCUGUUGGAGGUCAUGGGGUCGUUGUCAGGGGAGGUGAGGGCCAGCACGAUGUCUCGGUCCAGGAUACGCAGUGACACCCGGGCCACCGUGUGUUUGAAGUUGUUCUCCGUGGCCAAGCAGUGGUACAGCCCGGCAUCCGAUUGGCUGAGGGACUUCAGAAGGAUCCCGUGGGGCGUCUUCAGAAGAUCUCUGUCCCGGUUGAGCUGA